AUGGAUCCCUUUUACCAGAACUCUCCCGGGUUUGUUACCCUAUUAGCUUCUCAGAACACUCAAACAAUAGACUUAGAGUCCCCUGAGAUUCCUAGGUUUAGUAGCCAGACCUCUGAAGAUCCUAAACCCGUGGAAAGGAGGAAGUGGACAACGAAACAAGACACUAUCCUCAUCAGUGCUUGGUUGAAUACCAGCAAGGAUCCCAUAGUGAGUAAUGAGCAGAAGGCAGGAGCGUUUUGGAAGAGGAUAGAAGAGUAUUACAAUUCGAGCCCUCAGCUAACUGGCUUACCCACUAGAGAGGCGGCAGUGAAGGAACAAGCUAGUGGCCAAAAUGAUAACGAUGUCAUGAAGGCUGCCCAUGACAUCUUCGAAAAUGACUACCACGCAAAGUUCUGCCUUGAACAUGCGUGGAGGGAGCUACGGUUUGAUCAAAAAUGGAGAUCAAACUGUGGAAACAAAGAUGGUGCAAAGGACAAAAGGAAGGAACCUGCGGAGGUGGUGCCUGACUUGGAAGAGGUUAGGCCUCCUGGUGUUAAGGCUUCCAAAGCAGCCAAACGCAAGAAGCAUGGGAAUGAAGCUGCGUAUGAUCAAUUAGAGAGCAUGCUAGUUGUGAAAGAGAACAUAUCCAAACACCGACUCCUUGAACGUCUCCUUGCCCGUAAAGAGACGCUAUCUGAAAUAGAAGUGUCUCUGAUGAACAAACUCAUAACCGAAUUGCUUUGA